AUGGCAGCCAACAGCGAUAGCCCGUCACUCCCGAGGGCUGAGUCACCAACCGGCUCACCGCGAUCCGCGUCUGUAUCACUGCAGGCAGCGGCAACCAUGAAUGCUGGACUCCAACGCGAGCCUUCACGACAGUCGUCCAGCAGCUCCCUAGCGCGAAAUACUUCCUCACCCAAUACCAGCCGUCGACGAUCUACGGUGCUCAUGAACUUGCAGCUGAAUGAUCCGUCUGUUCCGGCUCCCGGAGAGAUGGCACACGAACAUUCUGGAUAUCACAGAUCGAGCCCUCAGCCUCUUUCCGGCUCACCACUGAUGGCCGAUCCCCAUCACCACCGGGCACCUAGCCUGGGGGAACUGCAUCAGGAGCUCGAGGCAGAACAAGAAGGCCAAGUUAACCGUCUCCUGCAAAUGAUUCGAACACAGCAGCUCGAGCUCCAACGGCUUCACUCAUCACGACCCGGCCACAGUACCGAGCAAUCCGCCGAUGAUAGCGCUAUUGCGGAAACGGCCCCGAGGCCUAUCCAUGGUUCUGGAGCAUCACAAAGUGGCAACAUUCCCGGAAGUCAAACCGUCGGAUCAUACUCUCGAUCACCUGUAUUUCCCCGGGGCUCCAUGGAAAUGGCACGCGCGGAGAUGCACCGCCGGUCCAGGACACCAAGUCGUGGUGCAUCCCCACGGCUGCGAGCCACUUCAAUCAGUCAAGAGAGCGGAGACUGGGUUCUCGGUGGUCGUGACGAGAGCGCUUUUUACCAGGCGGAGACUCAGAUGCUCACCCGAGAGAAUCAGAUGCUACGACAUCGAAUUCGUGAUUUAGAGAGACAGCUUGCUGACUUGACGCCUGGCUCUGGGACGGGAACCGAGCCGCCAGUACCGUCGCAUCUGACUCAAUCGACGACAGGUGAACCGGCUGGUGAAACUGCAAAGGAAUCGUAG